CAGAGCGAUUGUACCUGACCAUUGGCGAAACGGAAAAUCAGUACACAAUGCGUUGGCCGCGAAAGCACACGUUCGGCUUGUGGCCCAAGGGAAAUGGUCGGAAUCGCAGUAGUGGAGGAGCCACUGGAGGGCAAACCCAGGCCAUUGUGGCCACCAUUUACGAUCCUGGCUGCGAGGAGAAGGAGAAGUACACGGCCCAGAAUGGCGAUGAUUACUAUGGCCAGGCGCAGACCGUCGACCUGGACGUGGCCAGCAAGUACUCCAAACCCAAGGAGGCCCAUUGGCUGGUGCGGCGCAUAUUCUUCCUCAGCUGGAUUACAAGUUACGAUCGGGAGCAGGCGUUCGCCGAUUUGAUUGCUGGCAUCACCUUGGGCCUGACAAUAAUACCACAAAGUAUUGCGUAUGCCGCGCUGGCAGGACUCUCCUCUGAGUACGGCCUGUACUCCGCCUUCAUUGGCUCCAUCAUCUAUGUUUUCUUUGGGACGAUACCACAGGUGUCCAUUGGACCCACUAGUCUGAUGGCCAUUCUCACCCUGCAAUUCUGCGCCGACAAGCCGGUGCAGGUGGUCAUCGUGCUGGCCUUCCUCGCCGGCUUGGUGGAACUGGCCAUGGGUGUGUUCCAGCUUGGAUUCAUCGUUAGCUUCAUACCAGCUCCGGUGACCAAGGCUUUUACAUCGGGCACCGCGCUGAUCGUCGUCUUUGCCCAGAUCAAGAAUCUCUUGGGUGUUCGCAUGAAGGGAUUCCCCUCGAUCGGUGACUUUUUCACCAAUAUCCGACCCACGGAUGCCGCCAUGGGAAUCUCGUGCAUGGUUGUGCUACUUUUUCUGCGGCUGCUGUCGCAAGUGAAUUUCAAGCAGGACACGCCAGUUACGCGUCGCCUGAAGAAGAUCCUGUGGUACAUUAGUAUAUCCCGCAAUGCCCUGGUUGUCUUCUUCACUGGCCUUUUGGUUUUCAUCUGGGUGAAGAAGAGCUCCAUUGAGGCGGUGCCCUUUGCGCUUUCCUCAAAGGUUUCCUCGGCCAUGCCCACAAUCAAGUUGCCGCCCUUCGCCUUCGAGUAUCAGAAUCGCACCUAUGUCUUCACGGAUAUCCUGCAUGAGCUGGGCAGCGGAAUUGUUGUGGUGCCAAUUGUGGCGGUUUUGGCCAAUGUGGCCAUUGCCAAAGCCUUCGUUAAGGAUGGCAAUCUGGAUGCCUCGCAGGAGAUGCUUACUUUGGGUCUGUGCAACAUAGCCGGCUCCUUCUUCAGUGCCAUGCCCACCUGCGGAGCCUUCACCCGCUCGGCGGUGAGUCAGGCAUCUGGAGUACGAACGCCCAUGGCUGGCAUCUACACGGGAUUGAUAGUGCUUUCCGCAUUGAGCAUCCUGACCCCCUACUUCCAGUACAUUCCGAAGGCUUCCCUAUCGGCAGUUUUAAUAGCAGCAGUCAUCUUUAUGAUUGAUCUUGCUCCAGUUAAGGAGCUUUGGCAGACCAACAAGAAGGACUUCUUCAGCUGGGUGGGCAGUUUCAUCAUCUGUUUGGUGGCUGGCGUGGAGUUGGGUCUGCUCUUUGGCAUUGUUUUGAGCAUGGUGUUUAUAUUGCUGCGCUUGGGUAACCCCAAAUUUGAGGUCACCCUUAAACAGCAUGAAUCCACUUACUAUGUGCACAUUGUGCCCCAAUCGGAUGUCUAUUACACAGGCGUCGAUGCACUGCGGUCUGAGUUGCGAGGAGCCUGCAGAUUGUAUCAAAAUGAUUUCCCAGUGGUUCUCGAUUGCGCACGCUUCAUGCAGUUCGAUGCCACCUUCAGUGAGAUGCUAAUUUCGGUGGCCAAGGAGAUGGCCAGCCACGAUGUCCUGCUGAUCCUGCAGAACAUGAGCCUCAAAGUGCAGCAGAUGCUGCCUGUGAUGGGCAAUGUGCGGUUCUGCCAGGAGGAUAGCCAGCUUUCGAGUCAUCUGCAGCUGGAAAAGGAGGCACCUGUUUUGGAGGCCAAGCUGUAGCCAAGUUCCUAUCUGACGUCGGUUCGUUCCAGUCUGUUUGAUCCGGUUAUGAGCGAACGUCACGGCAUUUUUAUCUCCGGACCUGUUACCGCUUGACGUUCGCACGCAAAUUGCGUAAUUAGGCAGCAGCAGUUAGUUAAGUACUUAGAUUUAGGUGUUUAGUUAGCGACUUUGUAAAUACUUGUGUGCAUUAUAAAAAUACAGUACUCCCCUACGAAUCUGUCCAGAUAAAAUGAA